CUUUCACACUGGUCAAAGGCUGUGCUUUGCUCUGAGCCUGCUUCUAAAUGGAAAGCUCUGAGUACUGCUAUGUUUACUAUUUAGUCCAAGAUUAUCUGAAAUACAUUCUUCAGGAACCACAGCUUGGACCAGCUCCAAGCAGAGUUGCUCAUGUCUUAAGACACGCUGCAUCCUUUCUGCAAAAGGAAAAUGAAGAAAGUCUGAAACCAUGUUUGGACACACUUGAUAUUACCUCUGUAGAUGCUGCCAGAAGAAUUUUCACUCAAGUCAUGGAUAAAGAAUUUGCUGAUGGAAACACUAACUGGGGACGGAUUUUGACAAUAUUUAUGUUUGGAGGAAUUAUUUCUAAGAAGCUUCAAGAACACAGAGUUCAGCUUACAGGAGAAAAUAAAAAGCAGAUUUCUUAUUUCAUCACGGAGUACAUUAUAAACACCAAGGCUGAGUGGAUAGAGGCAAAUGGAGGUUGGGAAAAUGGCUUCCUAACUAUGUUUGAGGAAAAACGAUCAUGGCUGUCCUUAUUCAAUAUUAAAGCAAAAAUCAUGGAUGCUUUUUCCUUCUUCAGUCAGUACUAUUGACCAAAUGGAGAUCAGCCUUCCCCAUGUAAACUGGAUGUUGCCACAAGACACAUUGCAGUGGCUUUCUUCAAGCAAGAGGAAAAUGAAAAAGCCUUCUAGAAUUAAGGACAUGUUUUCUUGCUUACAUUAUAUUUUAAUUUAUAUAUUUACUAGUAAAUGUUUAGGUGCUGGCUUAUUUGACAACAGUAAAGACUGGAGUCCUCCUGCUAUCGAAGAGGUACAGAACUGACUCCCAAUAUGACUCAACCCUGACCUGGAGAGAACACCUCUAGGAGAGACAGAGAACAGUUCAGUGUCUAUCUUCUCUGAUGCACCUUCA